GGCUUCUGUGGCAUUUUGUCACUUGUGUGUUGGGUGCAUGUGCUCACAAGCAGCCUGCGCGUCUUGCCUUUCAUCCUCCCGUCAAGCUUGACACAGCCGGCAGAUCUGCGGCGCUCCAGGGGCAUCGCGCAUCCGUGACACACCGCACCGCCAGACGGCGCAGAUCCACCGCCAACAUGGACGAUCAAAUGGAGGAGGUAAGCGCCACGGGGCGAAUCCACUGAGUGCUCAUCGGUGUUCUGUGUUCUGUGUUCUGUGUGGUGUUUCAGUACCGCAAGCGGCAGCGUGAGCAGUACCAAAAGCGGCAGCAGGACGGCACCGAACAGACGGAGGCUCCUGCUGGUGAGGCCGCCAAGGCACCCAAAGCGCCGCGCAAAGAUGCGGACGAGACGGCCGGUGCUGCAGAUGAGAAGGGCAACAGCGGCCAGGUGUCUGCGGCUGCUGCAGCGGAUUUGGUGGAGGCAAGUGUGCAGGAUGCUGGUGCUGCAUCGUCGUCGGCUGGCGCAUCUGCGGGGACAGGGGCGAGCCCGCCCUCCGGGUCGCUGAAACUGGUCACCUGGUAUGUGCGACAGAGGGGAGGGAGGGGAAGGAGGGAGCAGUGUGCUUUGCGUAUCCUUUAUGGUGUUGGUCUGUACGUGUGUGUGUGGUUUGUUUGCAGGAAUGUGGAUGGUUUGGAUGAGGGUCAGAUCCAGCUGCGGCACACGGCACUGGCCGACUGGAUCAAGACUCACAAACCCGACAUCGUCUACCUACAGGAAGUCGUCUACCCGACGCUGGUGCGAUACACAAACACACACACGAGAGGCACGCACACUCAUCAUGUGUUGACGCAUCCGUGUGUUGGUGGCCAUGUGUGUGAGCAUCCCUCUCCCUCUCUGCUUUGUGGCUGCAGAGGAUUUUGCGCAAGCACCUGACAUCGACGUACGACAUCAUCAUACCCACAAACCCACGGUGAGCGACCACCGACUCAUCCUUCCAGGCUGAGCGAGCAAGCUGUGUGUUUUGCUCCCUCUCUGUGUCGGUCAGGCCCGACCCGUCCGAUAUGGAGAGCCUCACGCGCGGCAUUCCGUGUGCCUACUUCUGCGCCGUACUGCUCAACAAACAGUCCAUCCAAGCAUGCGGUGAGCCUGCACGCCCACAUACAUGCAAUGGACUGACACUGUGGUGACCCCUCCCCUCCCUCUCCUUGCUUUAGGUGCCCCUGACAGCAAAUGGUACCCCCAGAGCUGCAUGAUGCGGUCGGUACAGCACACGACACAUCACACCACACAUCACACACAACACAGCACAAGACGACGUGGUCUAGUGCCGAUGCACCACACGCACGGUUCGUUCAUGUGUGUCAUGGUCACAUCGAUCAGCCAUUUGUUGAGUAUUCGGGCUCGGCCGACAGCCGCUAGUGCGAAAGAUGCAGAGGUACGGAGACGGAAGCAGCGAGGAGCCGACCAACAGACGUAUACCGAUCACCUCACUGCGUGUAUCGUCCGUGUGUGCAGUUGUUGUUGGGCACGAGCCACCUGGAGAGCACGGCGGAAUAGUAAGGCGAGAUGGGCGCUGACGGCCUCAUGUAUGGGUCUGCAUGCUUGGGUCUCUUUCAUGUCAAACGAUGCAGCAAGAACGAGCGUGUGAACCAGCUGUCGAUCGUCGCCACCAACAUGGAGGGGUGGGUGCGGGGCGGGGCGGGGCGACGAAACAUCAAACAGCAAACACACAUUUGUGUCUGUAAGUGCGUUCAUUCAGUUGGCUGAGCGAUCCCGACACGCCAAGUGUGUGUACCGUCAUUGUGGGUGGCGACCUCAACCUACGAGACCCCGAAGUCAAAGCCGCAGGUAACACACCACACCCAGUCACAUGUCCAGUGGCAUCCCCGAGUCCUCGUGUGUGUCUAUGUGGUGUGUGUAGGUGUGCCGUCGCACAUCCGUGACGUGUGGGAGUUGCUGGGCAAGCCCGACAGCUGCCGAUACACGUGGGACAUGGCGGCCAACGACAACCUCGUCAUGCAGGGCGGCGGCAAACCUCGGUCAGGAGCUUGACGCACUCGUGACCACUAAAUGAGAACGCACCACAGCAUCUCUCUCUGCCUGUCUUCAGUUGUCGCUUCGACCGUCUGUUCAUCGGCCAGCGGCCGCAGGGCAGCGCAUCGCCGCCGUCAGGCCGUUAUCGGUGGGUGCCGCAGUCGAUAGAGAUGGUGGGCACCGACCGCCUGUCGAGCUGCGGGCGGUUCAUCUCUGACCACUUCGGGCUGCUGGUGAAGCUGGAGUUGGCUGUGCCCACUGAGGGGGGUGAGGGAGGCGGCAGCAAGGGGCAGAAGGCGAAAGCCAAGGCCAAGAAGGGCAAAUAGACUAGCCAGCCAUGAUAGCGUAGGACCAGCAGGCAGCAGUAGGUGGGAGUGACGGACGAGCGGACCGCGCUGCAUAGCAAUGGCUUCUUCCACGUGUAGAAUGAAACACUGAAACAGCGC